CUCAAAUCGUCCGAACAACAGCUGACCAAGAGGCAUGUCACGUGCAUCUCCUGGUAGCACGUGCCUGCACCAGAAACCCCAGCCGGCAAGUCCACAUCUCUCUCUCUGUCUGUGGACUUUGGAAUUCUGGGUUUGGUUUUUCAGUGCAAAUGACUACUGGGUUUUGAAUUUUCUUGCUAUUUCAUCAACUUAGGUUUCGUUAAUCGCACAAUUUUAGCUCAGAUACAGUAAAGAUGCAUAUUAUUAAGCGAACUGGAUUUUCAAUCAAGAAUAGAUGGUCAAGUUCUCUCAAAUCACACAAUGGGUUGUGCUGUCUCAUGGCUACAAAGUGGGUAUCUGAUGUGGGUCUUGGUUUUUCAUCGAUGGCCACAGGGAGGACUUGGGUUCACGAUUUUGCAAAAAGGGUGGUGCUGAAGCCUGGUUGUAGGAGAUCAUAUAAUGCUAAUGACUGUAUUACUAAGGAGGUGCUUGCAGCUGCUGGAACACCUGUUCUGUUUAGAGGGCAGCGGAAUAGAAAUGGUCUGGUGAGAUUUCAGUCAUCAUUCCAACUUAUUGGAAGUCAUGGAGCCAACAUGAAAGGUCCUUGCUUUGCUAGAGCCUUUGCAUCAACUGCUUCAGAACAAGAGAGACGGAAUUCUUCAGAGACUAGAAAAGACAUUUCAACAGUUGAGGAUCCCUUUGAUGCUCCCACAUACAACAUCCCAGAGAAGCCCGUGACAUUUACAGAGGGAGCUUCCUAUAGCAUUAUCAUUCUGGCAGGGCUUGGAAUUGCUGCAGCAGCAGGAUAUGGUGUUUUCAAAGAGCUUAUAUUCCAACCAAAAGAGUACAAGAUUUUUGGCAAGGCUCUAGAAAGGGUUCAAAAUGACAAUCAGGUUAGUGUGAGGAUCGGAUCCCCUGUUACAGGCUAUGGCCAGGAAAGUAGGAAUCGUGCUGCUCGCCAACGGAUUCCAAAUAGGAUAUGGAAUGACGAAGAUGGCGUUGAACAUGUCGAGGUUAACUUCUAUAUUCGGGGUCCCCGUGGAGCUGGCAAAGUUUACACGGAGAUGUUCAGAGACAUGGUGGACAAGCAGUGGAAGUUCACAUAUUUGAUCGUUGAGAUCAAAUCGCCUUCCCCGGCGCAGUUAAUACUUGAGUCUUAUGUCCCACCCUGAAUCAUUUACAAGAUUGAUCAUCGGUUACAUUGGUGGUUGCCCAUUUUUUUUUAAGUUAACCAGGAACCAUGUCCUUUGGGCCUAUCCUAGAAACAAAAACCCGAGGAUCAAGAGCCACCUCCAAAUUGCUUGAUUUGGACAAACAGGACGGGCUGACAAGAGUCUGACCUAAAAUUUGGGUUGUUCUUAUGUAGAGCAUGGAUUGAGUUGAGUGAUUGUGUUCGUUUCACAUGGAAGAUCAAAUGUAGUUUCAUACUUCUCAGAUGUUAAAUACAUGAAUUCAUUAAUGAAAAUGCAAAACACACACAAAAAAGUCAAUUU